GCUCUUCGUCCCGAAUUAUUUUUCCGCCAGGUGCCAGUAUAGACGCCAUUACAUCAUUGGUCAAGAGCUGCUAGUGACAUUGCCACGUCCUGUCAAGCUUUGACCCCGUCACGUGUAUGCUUAGUCGGGCCUCAUGAUAAAUACACGAUUCUCGGCCCCCCGGAGCAACCUUCUUCGCCAAUACCAACCAUUCGACCAGGAUAUAAGAACUUCGAUGAUUCCACCCGCAUUUUGUCCUGAUCUUUCAUAAUGCCAAUGUGGACAUGUGACUUUAGCGGUUGCUCAGAACCUGCAGUGCGCACCGGUGACUGCAUCCUCUGUAAUCGUCAUCUUUGCUCCUUUCAUCUCGGUACUCCUUUUCAUCAAUGCCCUCCCUGGAAGGAUGCGGAACGCUACGAUCCCGCUGCCCGGGAAGCAGAGGAAAAAGAGAUGGAAACUCUGUUCAGAAAAGUCAACAGAAAAGCUCUUGCCGCACGUGCGAGUCACCUAUGGGGUGGUAUUCAUUGUGCUAUCCCUGCACUUCAGCAUAAUAGAACUAAACAAAGCUCUAUUAUGGGUGGUAUGAAUUAUCACGUCGAAAUUGUAUUCGAAGAUGGCGUUGUUUGGUUGGCGCGGAUUCGCCACCACAUUUUCCAGAGCGAAUUUGCCACGAUGAAGUUUCUCGAGAAAAUAGCAGUACCGACUCCGAAGGUAUUGGACUUUGCUCUGGAAAGCCAGGACAAUUCAGUUGGCGUUGGCUACAUGCUAGUUGAAAAGAUGGCGGGUACAUCGCUGCGAUGGUCGAUUGCUUCCCCAGAGCAAAGAAGAAGGGUUGUGGAGCAGCUGGCGGAGAUCUUCAUCGAACUUCGAAAGCAUCCAUUCGACAAAAUGGGAUGUCUUGAUACUUCUGGUUCUUGUCAUAUUGGGGCGUUUGCUCGCGAGUCUCUAAUGGAUUUUGAUGGCUCCCGAAUGUUGCCUCUUGGCCCAUACUCCACACUCCAGGAAUAUCAUACUUCUUCGAUCCGGCUCAUAUUGGACCUUAUCAUACGAGAUGAGAUGUACUCUCAAAAUCCUAUCGACGCAUAUCUUGUUCAUCGGUUUCUCCUCGACCUUGUUCCUUCAGUCCUUCCUUCCCGGGGCGAUGCUGGUCAUCAAUUCUUUCUGAAGCAUGCGGAUGAUAAGGGUGACCACAUCCUCGUCGAUAAGGACUACAAUAUCACCGCCAUCAUCGACUGGGAAUGGGCUCACACUGCCCCGGAAGCGAUUGCUUUCAAUUCGCCCAUAGGACUCCUCCCAGUAAACGAGUUCUAUGACGGCCUUAACACAUUGGGAGAAGAGGAGAAGUUGCUAGCUGAGACGUUUGAAAAAAAUGACGAACUAAGACUAGCGCAAGCUGUGAGAAACGGGCGAUUGCAGCAUCGGUUUGCGUUCUGUUGCGGAUAUGACCUUUCUGAUUGGAAAGGAUUCCUUGGCCUUUUCAAAGGGUUAAGGGAUGCAGUUAGCAUUGACCAGGGACUGGAAUGGGAGGAAUGGAAACAAAUCGCAUUGGAGCGCUAUCAAAGCGAUGGGGGAUUGAGAUUUUUACUAUCCAAAGCGCAAAGAAUCAAUCAGUAA